AUUUAAAAAGCCAAUCGCUGGCUAUCACACCAAAGUUUGUAGUGCAUCCAUGGAAGGGGGGACAGAUGGUUCAUAAAGUUUAUUGAGACUUUUUGGACUGACUGUGAGAUUUAAGGCAGAGAGACAGACAGAGAGAGAGAGAGAGAGAGGGGGAACAUCACAUAGCAUUACACAGGAGAAAGGGCAUUUUUCUAACAUCGUUGUGGCUUUAAAGCACUUUCACUUGAAUGGAGAGGGGAAUGAAAGGUCUGAACGUGCUGCUGUGUCUGAUGUGCUCAAUGCAAACCAGCUCAACCCAGGUCGAUCCUUUCACACAACUUCCUGCUAAGGGGCCCUCCAAUGAUGAGGUGACUAUGAACUACAGCGACAUUCAGACAAAAUUCAAACUCAGCGUCUCUGACAAGUCAGGCCCGAAGGAGUGUGACCUCAGGCCAGGGGUGGGCAAGAGCCUGGAAGAGUGUAACUUCAAAAAGGAUUCCAAAACCUUCCUCAUCAUCCACGGCUGGACGACGACUGGGUUGUUUGAGAGCUGGAUUGCGGAUAUGGCCAAGGCACUGGGGGACCGAGAGGAGGGCUCCAAUGUGAUUGUGGUGGACUGGCUGAUGAGCGCUCACCAGACUUACAUCACCGCGGCCAACAAUACCCGGCGUGUGGGCACGGAGAUCGGCAAGAUGGUGGAGUGGCUCCAGGUGAUGUCAGAGCUGCCCCUGCACAAGGUCCACUUGAUCGGGUACAGCCUGGGAGCCCACGUCGCCGGUUUUGCCGGUGGGGCAUUGCAGCAGAGAGCCGGGAAAAUCGGCCGGAUCACCGGGCUGGACCCAGCUGGGCCCAUGUUUGAGGGGGUUGCGGAAGAUAAUCGCCUGUCACCUGACGACGCGGACUUCGUCGACGUCCUGCACACGUUCUCGCAGAACGCCCUGGGGGUCAGUAUUGGCAUCCAGGAGGCCGUGGGCCACGUGGACGUUUACCCCAACGGUGGGGGCUACCAGCCCGGGUGUGGUCUGCAGGACGUCCUGAAAUCCAUCUCCUUCGGGCAGCUGUGGGAUGUGGUGCAUUGUGAGCAUGUGCGUUCGGUCAAGCUGUUUGUCGACUCUCUGCUGAACCAGGACAAGACCAGCCUGGCGUAUCGCUGCUCAGACACCGACACCUUUGAGAAGGGCCUGUGUCUGAGCUGCCGAAAGAACCGCUGCAACAAGCUGGGCUACAACGUCAACCGCGUCCGCAACAAACCCAAGGCACCCAUGUACCUGAAGACCAGGGCUGACAUGCCCUUCAGAGUGUAUCAUUACCAGCUGAAAAUGCACCCCUUCGGCUCGGCCCCCCUGUCUGACCCAAGACCCAAACUCUCCGUCAGAUUCCACGGCACCACUCGUGACGGCAAACAGUUGGUAAUCAAAAUGGCAGAAAAUUUCUCCAUAAACCAGACCAACUCUUUCCUGGUGUAUUGUGAGGAUGACAUUGGGGACUUGCUGAGGAUUAAGCUGAGAUGGGAGGGAACGGCUAACACGUGGAGUUCGCUGUGGGGAAGGAUCACAAACUUCUUUUCCAAGACGACACACAACGACAUGCCCGAGAUGGAGAUCAGAAAACUUCGCAUCAAAUCUGGUGAAUUGCAGAAAAAAUACGUGUUUUGUGCAGCCAACUCCUCCGCCCUGAAAAUCACCCCAGGAAAUGAAAUGCUGUUCGUCAAAUGCAUGGGCAAGGCUACAAACAAAACUAGUCUGAACGUGUAGCGUCGUGGACAAGAUGACCUUGGAAGGACGAGAGAGAACUUUCUCCCUCACCCUCCCCUGCUCUCCUCCUACCGCCCAAACCUGCGGUUGUGACCGGAUGCCGUGACCUUUCACUGACGCGAUUCCUCUCCCUGAUGCCCGUCACAAAGUUGUCACACUCUGUCUCUCCCUCUCUCCGCACUCUCCUCCCUCCUCCUCUCUUCCCUCCUCAUUUCCGCUCACUCCCACUCCUACACUCUCUGCAAUCCCCCUCUCUCCCUCUAUUUGCACCCUCUUUCCCCUCCCCCUAUUUUUCUUCAAUGCCCUGAGAACCUUUCCUCACCCGCUCGUUGGUUGUCAUUUCUCCAGUCACCUUGUUUGAUGCAAUAUGGACUCUGAGCUCUGGUAUUGAUGGAAGCACCACAAUGAUGCACCACAACUAUCGAUGCCCAUAUUCCCCUCCACUCCUCUCCCUCCCACCCCCACUCUCUCCCUCACUCUU